AUGAUAUAUGCAUAUCUUCAUCCUAAUGUUGAAAAGUGGAUGGAAAAACUUGAGGAGUCUGAUAAUAAGCAGAGACAUUCUGUUAAAGCAACCAUCAUUUCAGUGUGUUUUUGUCUGGAUAUAUGUGCUAUGAAUACAUAUACAAAUUGGACAAGUCAACAUCUUAGGAAUUUCUCAUUAACCCUCUUUGCAUGGCUUGGUAAGAUCACAUUGGAGCCGUAUAUAUCCCAAUUCCAUAUCUGGCUAAGAUCAGAUAUUCCUAAUGGACAACCAAAGUGGCUUCUAUCUUUCAUCCCAAAUUAUCCUAUGCUCGAUUAUAUGCUUACAACUGCAGUAUAUGUUUUGAUAUCUUGCAGGCUUUUUGAAUUAACAAACACACUAAAAUCAGUUUUUAUACCAACCAAAAAUGAUCGAAAAACUUCUCUCUAAUUUUCUUACUGGAGCUUCAGUUUCCGCGUGUUUAUAAAAAUGACUUGU